UGGCUCUUGAGAACAUCUCCACCCCACGUCUGAUGACAGAUUUACACGGUGUCACGGGGAAAAUAGAACUCCCUCGUGGACAGAGACAUAUCGCUACUUGUAACCUUCCUGUCAGGAGUGGCUUCUCGGAGCCGUUACCGUUAGCAGAACAGUACUGUGGAGAUAGUGAUGCCGUACUUCAGGCUCAGUACCAACGCAUUGCGUACCAGAAAUACCAAGCGGAAAAAGAGAGGAAAAUAGCGGAAUUCCAACUGAAAGUGAAAGAACGGUUGAGGGUAAUGAAGGUGCGGGAACAACAAGACAUGGUAGACAGAACCCUGCAACUCACUGAGUCUGAGAACCUGUUGAUGAAAAGUGUUGACCCGGUUAAGAAGCCUCCUAUCGUAGCUUCACCUUUUGUGGCCAUCAACUCUCAGGGAACAAAGAGUAGAAUCGCAGCACAAAAACAAGAAACGGACAUGCUGGUUAAAAGCAAUAAGUUAGCAAGAAGUAAGCUGGCUGGGGAGAAGACAGAAGUAGUCACCAUAUCCUGCACAGCCUCAGACAAUGGUGAAAGUGAAAGUGAAAGUGAAAGUGAAGCUGCUGUUGACAGUAGAGAUGGUGAUAAGGAAAAUGCGGUUUCUAGAGCUAAACCCAGUUCCGAGGCCGUGAGGAUACACCGACUGAAGGAAAGCCGGAGAGCGUAUAGUAUUCUAGAGAGACAGCGUAUGAAGGAGAGAGUCAGAGAACUGGAACACAAAGCUGCUGCCAACAAACUGAGACAACAAUCAGAGAGAGAUCGGACUAUUGCGGAGCAGCUCGUUAACCAGGCUAUCAUCAAAUGUAAAGCAGAAUCCCCGGCCAAGGAAGUCUCCUUAGAAAAGCGAAUUCAGCGAACCGUACAGAAAAACAAGAAAAUCUCAUCUCAGAGUGACCGCCUUAUAAAACGGUUGCGGAGUAAGAUAUCAGUGAUGUCCCCCCGACCUCCGUCCCUGUGUCCAUGUGACCCGGACGUUAUGAGCACAGGGCCUGGGUUGUGUGCUACAAACUGUACCUUCAGUGAUAACUCUAAAGCUUUCGCUCACGCUCUGUCUUCCCUCGUUAAUUGUUAUCAGUAGAGUUUCGUUACUUACUAUUAUUAACUGUUACAUAACUUAAUGUUACAUAUUAUAUGAACUAUAGUGGAUACUGGCAGUUGCAUUGUAUGUAUUGUAAAUUGAUUAGAAUUUUAACUGUUUAUACUUACUGUUUAUAUUAGACUUGACCUCUAUAUCUCCAGCAGGACUGGAGUUUAAGUUUAUUUUUCAGAAACGAUCAGAUUAGUAUAAAAAUAUUGUUAAAUAUUUGCAUACCCGGGUUCACGGUAAAUAAUCCAAUUUUUUUAUUCUAUCAACAAAUAUCCCUUAAUUAGCUUAGUUGUUAAUGUUAAAUUAAAUACAGAUAUGUAUCAUAUAUAUAUAUAAUAUUUCGGAGAGAAUACAAUUUACAGUUUAUACAAUAAAAUUCCUUGAUAUUCGUUGUCACUUGUUUUACGGCCAGGUAGCGCAGUUGGUUAGAACGCCUGUCUUACAAUCGUUAGGUUGCGAGUUCGAGACCCACUGACUGCCUGGUCGUGGGGUGAGCGUCGUCGACGUUCAGCUAAGGAUCAUGAGUGGUCUAUGCAGCCCCCCGGUCUACUCAGCCGAAUACUCGAGAAAUCGGGUGUGAGGGUUAAAUGAGGAGCUGCACAUUGCAGCAAAGUCUCGGACGAAGAAA